GCUGUUAAACCCCAUCGAAGAAGCACGUCAGGCGUUGAAAGGAAGUGGAAUUGAGGACGCACAUAGCGUUACUACUUACGUUGUUACUAGUUAUAAGUAUCUACGGAUUUAGUGCACAUUCGCAUCGAAAUUGUAUACUUUUCGUCACACAGAGAAUACAAAACUGUAAUUUGGGCUGGACAACAUGGCGCAGUUGGUAUCCAUUAUGGAGGUUUUAGCUAAAGCAGCUGUAGCAGAAAUUAACAAACGUGUUGAUGAUAGCUGUGCAGUUAUACGUUUGGAAAUUACCCAAAGCCAGCGAGAUAUUGAUGUACUGAAAAGGAAGUGUCAAAUGAUGGAGAGCGAGCUGAAGAAGACACGAGGACAAGUCAGGAAAAAAGUUCUUUACCCCAUGGCAUCAGAGGGAUCUUCAUAUCCAGUCAAGAUUGUUUUGAACAAGCAGAAGAGUAAAUCACAGUGGAGAGAUGGAGAGAUGGCUGUUGAAGAGGACUCUCAACCCCAGCCUACAGAUGUAGAGCAGCGAGCAGAGACUGAACCCAUACUGAUCAAAGAUGAAGAGACAGCAGAGGAUGUGUGGAAGACUGACCUUCAGGAAGAGCUCAUGAUCACUGGAGAGGAGUCUGGUUCCAAGCCUGGGAAACCACCAUCCUUUGAGCAACGGCACUUUGAUGAGGACUUCAUCACACAACCCAACAUAUCUCCUGAAGACUCAGUGGAACAUUACCCCAAUUCUGAUGGUCCAGAGGAACCAGGCACACCCCGGUGUACGUCUACAGAGGUGUUUAGCACAGAGCAGCACCAGCCAGCCGAGGAUGAGGACUCGCUAGAGCAAGUGAUGGUGAAGGAUGAGAAAAGGGAGCUGGAUCAGACCACGGCCCUGGAAGGACCUGACCAGUUUGUCAUGGAUGAGACUGAUGGGCAGCUGUGGACCUCUGUGGAUCCAGAUAGAGACACUGACCCUGAUGGUCACCCAGAUUUCUCCUUUCAUGCCAUAGAGGAGUACUCUCAGAAUAUCUCAAUUUUCCCAUCUCAUAGUGGGCUUCCAUCCCUACCUACUAUGAUAGAUGAUGGAGGGCCAUCCCUUCACUCUAUAGGGAAACCACAUGCUAACAUGUUCAGUGCAGCAGCACACAUGAAAAAACAUGUCAGGACAUUGGCUGAUGAGACUAGACAACAGAUGCCAGAAGGACAGAGCAGCGAAACACUGAACUCUAAUAAUGAUGGAAGUAGUUUAGCUCUACAGCCAAGGCAGCAUCAGCACAGGGCUUCAGAAGCAACAGUGAGAAUGAGUGAGUGCAUGACAGGGUCAAACAUGGCCACCACCUCCACCUUCUCUGGAUACAGCCUGAGUCGCAGUAGUUUUAACAUGGUGAAGAGAAUGAGGACUCAGUGGAGGUCGGGCGGCACCACUGAGAGGCGUUUCAGCUGCACCUUCUGUGGGAAGAGCUUCCAGCGUUUCAGCCAGCUCAAAGAACACCUCCGGAGUCACACCGGAGAGAAACCGUACACCUGCGAACAGUGUGGCAGGAGUUUCACCAAGCAGUGCAACCUGAUCAGACAUGCUGUGGUCCACAGCGGGGAGAAGCCCUACGAGUGCACACAGUGUGGGAAAUGCUUCACCCGGCGCUCCAGUAUGAAGUCACAUCAGAGAACUCACAUAGGGGAGAGUCCAGUGUCUCAACAUGUGGUACCUGCAUACCCCGGGGAUCCACACACAAGUUUAAUGUUGUCUCAGACCAGAUGGAACAAAUAGUAACAUAAUUGUAUCAUUUUUGGUAACAUUUUCUAUGUGAAAAUGUAGGCAGAAGUUUUUUUGAGACAUUUUGACAAGCUUUUCCUCUCUCUAUAUAUUUUUUUGACUGUUGACUGCACCUCAAUUUCAUUUUAACAACCUAUUUACAACUGGUAACAUUGUGUAUUUGUACCACAAAAUCAUAAAAAACAUGUUUAUAUUCAAUUAAAAAUAAUAUAUAGUAGAGUCAUUUAGGAGCCAUUUAGGAUGUAUUGUCUAGUUCGUGUUUGUCUUUCUGGGAUGUCACUUGCCACAAGGGGACAGUCUCAUAUCAGGUCAGGUUAACUCAACUUGAUUUCUCAAGUUAUAUUUUCACCUGACUCUGUUGCUGCCUUAAAAUGUUAAAGGUGCACUAUACAGAAAUCGCUCCGCCAUUUCCUGGUUGCGAAAAUUAUAAUGUUGUGCCUAAUUUCAGUUGGUGAAAAAACAAGCAAGUAUAGUGUAGAGAAUCAUUGUACAGUCGUGGCCAAAAGUUUUGAGAAUGACACAAAUAUUAAUUUUCACAAAGUUUGCUGCCUCAGUUUGUAUGAUGGAUGGCAAUUU